CAACACGCACCAAGCUCUUACCUCAUUUCCGGUAAGAGUUGCUGAAGCGGAAAACAGACUUCCAUCAAACAUUUUAUGCAUUAAAUGGAACAAGACAGCUGUCAAACUCUUGAACGCGCCAAUGUUGAGUUUAAAAAACGUAAUUUCAAGAAGGCAGAAGAACUAUAUACAAAUUUCCUCGCAUCAUGCUGGAAAACAAGAAAUUGUGAUGCCAGUGACCUUGCUACUGCUCACAACAACCGUGGGCAGAUAAAGUACUUCAGGGUGGAUUUUCGUGAGGCAAUGGAGGACUACACUUCUGCAAUUGAGGCCAGCUGCCAGUUCGAAGUAUCAUUCUACAACAGAGGACUAAUACGUUAUAGAUUAGGUUUUUUCCAAGACGCAGAGAUGGACUUCAAGAGGGCUCUAGAACUCAACCCUAACUUUGAAGAUGCCAAAGUGAGCUUACAGCAAACACUGUUGGACCAAGAGCACAAGAUCAAUAGGGGAUAUUGAGAAUGUAUUAGCUUUUCCCCUUAGCUACACUCUAAUGACAAGAAAUAUCAACAAAGUAAUUGCCAGUAUGUUUGCAAUUUGUAUAAGCACAAAAAUGUGUCCAUCUAUGAUGUUGCUUAUGUUUUAAGAAUGUUUUUGGGGAUAAGGUCAAUUAUUAGAUUAUGGUAAAUCUAAAGUGUAGAUUCACAACAUACCCUUCCUUAUCUAAGAAUUUAACUCCAGUGUUUGACAACUCUGAUGCACUCAUACUAAUAAAUAAUGCUGUAAUGUAUGCAGCACAUGUUUUUUAA